GUUGCGUUGUGUGUGCUUCAUUCCUAUUUCCUUCCCAAACCCAGAAACGGAAGGAACAGAAGAAUUUCAACGUCGGCCUUUUCGAUUCGAUUCAAUUUGCAGAAGCAAUUAAUGAAUGAAUUGAAUUUAAAAGCUUCUUCAUCUUCGCAUUCCGCCAUGAAUGCUCGCUCGUAGGUAGAUCGAUUCUCACAAUAUUGUUCAAAUUCGAGGCCAGGGAUGAUGGGUACAUACAUUCGAUAGAUACAGAGAGAAUGGGGAUGGAUUGUUACAGCUUAUUGAAUGUGGAGAGGACGGCGACGGAUGAGGACCUGAAGAAGGCUUACAGGAAGCUGGCGAUGAAAUGGCAUCCGGACAAGAACCCUAACAACAAGCUCGAAGCCGAAGCCAUGUUCAAGCAGAUCUCCGAGGCCUAUGAGGUACUGAGUGAUCCACAGAGAAGGCAAGUGUAUGAUCAAUAUGGUGAGGAGGGGCUUAAAGACAUGCCAGCACCCGGUUCUUCAAACGGCCCAUCCGGAUUCCAAAACGGGUUCAAUCCACGAAAUGCAGAAGACAUUUUUGCAGAGUUCUUCGGAAGCAGCCCAUUCGGGUUUGGAUCCGGCGGAGGAGGAGGAAGUGGAAGAUCAUCAAGCAGGUUCACAUCUUACGACGGAGGAGGAGGGAAUUCUUCCACUUCUGCCACCAGUGCUGCUAGUGGUGAUGGUGGGAAUGGAAAAGUGAAACCGGGUCCAGUUGAGACUAAAUUGAGCUGCAGCCUUGAAGAGCUCUACUCUGGCUCUACUAGGAAGAUGAAAAUCUCUCGAACCGUCCUUCUUCCCAAUGGGAGAUUAGGUGAAGAAUCAGAGAUACUAUCCAUUGAUGUAAAGCCAGGGUGGAAGAAAGGGACAAAGAUAACCUUCCCAGGCAAAGGCAACGAGCAGCCGAACCAGCUCCCGGCAGACCUGGUUUUCGUGAUCGACGAGAAGCCGCACCCGGUUUUCAAGAGAGACGGCAACGACCUGACAGCCACCGUGAGAAUAACCCUAGCAGAGGCGAUCGGGGGGACGACGGUGAACUUGACGGCGUUGGACGGGAGGAGGGUGGCGGUCCCAGUGGCGGAGGUGGUGGGGCCCGGACACGAGAUGGUGGUGGAAGGAGGAGGCAUGCCCAUCGCCAAGGAGCCGGGGAAUAGGGGCGACUUGAAGGUCUUGUUCGAGGUUAAGUUUCCGGCGAGGUUGACCGCCGAGCAGCGGGCGGCGCUCAAGCUGGCCUUACCUGCUUGACUUGAAUUGAAUGAAUUGAUUGUGGAUAAGAGAAGAGUUUGUAAUUUUUUUUUUUAUUAUUUUGUGUACAUGCAAAUAUGCAAUGCAAUCACAUGAAAAAAAUUAGUUACUAUUGAGUACGUAGUAAAUUAGUAGUCAUAUA